AUGACCUUGGACAGCAAAGGCCCCUCACUCCACUCUCUGCCACGGAGCUGCAAGGAGAUUCAGAAGAAGCAUCCCAGAGCCAAAGAUGGCCUGUACUUACUCCGCACUGAGCAAGGGCUCGCCUACCAGACCUUCUGUGACAUGAAAACCAAUGGCGGCGGCUGGACGCUGGUGGCCAGCGUGCACGAGAACCACCUACCUGGGAGGUGCUGCACAGGAGACCGCUGGUCCAGCCAGCUGGGCAGCUGGAGAGACUACCCCAAGGGUGACGACAACUGGGCCAACUACAACACCUUUGGGUCUCCAGAGGCAGCCACCAGCGACGACUACAAGAACCCCGGCUACUACGACAUCCAGGCACGGGACCUGGCCAUCUGGCAUGUCCCCAACAAGACCCCUCUGAGUUCCUGGAGGAGCAGGUCUCUGCUGAGGUACUUCACCUACUCGGGCUUCUUCAGUAGAUUCGGACACAAUCUGUUUGGCCUCUACCAGAGAUACCCCGUCCAGUACGGCAUCGGCAGGUGCUGGAAUGACAACGGCCCCGCCAUUCCUGUGGACUAUGACUAUGGGAGUCCCCAGAGAACCGCCUCCUACUACUCCCCCAACGGUCGACGGGAAUUUGAUCCUGGAUUUAUCCAGUUCCGGGUGUUUAAUAACGAGAGAGCGGUCAAUGCACUGUGUGCAGGGAUGAGAGUUACCGGAUGUAACACGGAACACCACUGCAUCGGAGGAGGGGGCUACUUCCCAGAGGCCAACCCCAAACAGUGCGGGGACUUUUCCGCUUUCGACUGGAAUGGGUACGCGGCUCACAGAGAAUGGAGCAACAGCCGCUCCAUCACCGAGGCGGCCGUGCUGCUCUUCUACCGCUGA